AUGGGAUAUGCCAUCAGGAUAGCAGAACAGAAACCUUUAGGAUAGGAUAACAGGGAACCACUUCAGGAUAUCAGGGGAACACCUUCAGGAUAUCAGGGGAACCACUUCAGGAUAACAGGGGAAUGCCUUCAGGAUAACAGGGGAACGCCUUCAGGAUAGCAGGGGAACACAUCAGGAUAGCAGGGGAACACCUUCAGGAUAACAGUGGAACGCAUUCAGGAUAACAGGGGAAUACCUUCAGGAUAACAGGGGAACGCCUUCAGGAUAGCAGGGAACCAUUUCAGGAUAUCAGGGGAACACCUUCAGGAUAACAGGGGAACACCUUCAGGAUAUCAGGGGAACGCCUUCAGGAUAACAGGGGAACACCUUCAGGAUAUCAGGGGAACGCCUUCAGGAUAACAGGGGAACACCUUCAGGAUAGCAGGGAACCACUUCAGGAUAUCAGGGGAACACCUUCAGGAUAACAGGGGAACACCUUCAGGAUAGCAGGGAACCACUUCAGGAUAUCAGGGGAACACCUUCAGGAUAGCAGGGAACCACUUCAGGAUAUCAGGGGAACACCUUCAGGAUAUCAGGGGAACACCUUCAGGAUAUCAGGGGAAUGCCUUCAGGAUAACAGGGGAACACCUUCAGGAUAACAGGGGAACACCUUCAGGAUAACAGGAUCGAAACCUUCAGGAUAACAGGUGAACACCUUCAGGAUAACAGGGGAAUACCUUCAGGAUAACAGGGGAAUACCUUCAGGAUAACAGGGGAAUACCUUCAGGAUAUCAGGGGAACACCUUCAGGAUAACAGGGGAACACCUUCAGGAUAACAGGGGAAUACCUUCAGGAUAACAGGGGAACACCUUCAGGAUAACAGGGGAACACCAUCAGGAUAACAGGGGAAUACCUUCAGGAUAUCAGGGGAAUACCUUCAGGAUAACAGGGGAAUACCUUCAGGAUAUCAGGGGAAUACCUUCAGGAUAACAGGGGAACACCUUCAGGAUAACAGGGGAACACCUUCAGGAUAACAGGAUCGAAACCUUCAGGAUAACAGGCGAUAUACUAUCAGAUAUGAAGGGCUACUGGCUGCUGAUUUUCUACAUUCCAUUGUCCAGACUAACAGUGGGUCACCCUGGAUGCUGCAAGUUGACGCAGUCGAACGGCGAAAUACACACAGUGUGUUCCGACUGUAAUUUAAAGGUUGUUCCGAAUGGAUUGCCUGUAAACACUACGUCUCUAGACCUUUCGAUGAAUAACAUUGGGACUAUUUAUAACAACUCAUUCACAUCUCUGCGGAAUCUCAAAUCAUUAUCCCUUAACAGCAACAAAUUAAGAACUAUUCACAGCAAGGCCUUUUACGGGCUGACACAGUUGCAUACAUUAAGUUUAUAUAAUAAUAUGCUUCAUGGAAACAUCGACAGCGAUGUAUUUUGUCCUCUUUCUAAUUUAAUUAAUCUCGACUUAAAAGGAAAUCUUUUCCAUCUGGAUAACGUCUAUCCCGGAAAUGCUCUUGCUUGUCUUGGAAAAGUCCAAUCUCUCGGAAUCGACGUGUUCGAUGGCUUUCAUUUCGGAGACGAAUUCCUACAUUUGAAAUCUCUAAAGUUCAUAGACUUUCUUGGCAGGGGAAAAAUAUCGAUAAAGAAUUCGUCAUUUCUCGGACUGACUCAAUCGCCUAUCACACGUUUAAUUAUAGGAUUUGAAGUAAGAGAGUUACAGAUAGACGCAUUAUCGCCAUUUCGAACACUGCGACGUUUAACAAUUAACAGUGGAAACAAUAUUGGAAUAAGGGAGGUGCUUUCAGGUCUUUACGGCUUACGGAAUACAACUAUGGAAUAUAUCGAUAUCGGAAAAAAUGCAGAUGAAUAUUCACCUAAGGUCAUUUUAAACAAGACCAAUUUUGUAUACUUAAAGACAAUAUGUGUUAAGGAGUUGCAUCUUUAUAAAAAUGGUAUAGCUGGAGUGACAUUUGACGCCAUUUUGUCUUGGACUAGUAGAUUAUGCUUGAAUGUAUUGGAUAUUUCCAACAACAGGCUUGUGACAGGACAGAUUUUUACACUACUGCCGUUAUUUCCUGAACUAACACAUGUGCAUGCGUCAAACGAGAAAACUAUGACGCGGCGUGCACGCCGAUACGUCCAUAGGGAAAUGACAGUGUUCCUUCCCGGUAGCCUCCAGUAUAUCAAUGUUUCCCACAAUGCUCUCCUGGGGGACAUGGCAAACUUAACUUUUGCGGAGGGUAACACGCUGAGUAUUAUUGAUGUUAGUUAUCCAAAGGGAUAUUCCUGCUCAAGAGGUUUACUUAAGGGGUUGGUUCACGUCUCCGAACUUUACAUGUCCGGGAUUGAUUGCUCACGACCCAACCCUCUAAUGUUCUCAAGCAUGAAGGGACUUACAAAAUUGCAGGCAAGACACAGCAACUUCGGCCAGUCCUUGGUAACCGACUCGUUACCUUUAUUCAGUGGACUAUAUAACCUAUCAUAUAUAGACCUGACAGCCAACCAUCUGAAACAUAUAGAGGUGGCUACAUUUAUUCACCAAACGCACUCCUUGAAGACUUUGGUGUUUGCCAAUAAUGACCUGGAGCGUGUACCGAGCAAGAUAUUGGAGAAUAUGUUUGUUUUGGAAGCUGUUGAUCUUAGACAUAAUUCAAUAUCGACAAUAACGGAAACUGAGUUUAAUAUCGUCGAGGAAGUAAAAAAGAGGUCUAAAACUUUUACCAUGAGACUUUCCGGCAACCCUCUGCUGUGUAGUUGUGACAACAUGGAGUUCCUUAAAUGGAUUCUGAUAACGAAAGUUGUUUCAGAUAAAGACAAUCUCACCUGUUUUACAACAGAUGGCGACCUUAUAGAAAUGAAAGCUUUCCUGGAUACAAUUGAUAGCUUCGUUCAGCAAUGUGAAGAGGGGUACUGGAUUCUUGUUUCGGUAGUCCUUGUCGCUCUCUUCCUUCUCGCAUGCGCAGUAGGAUAUAGACAAAGGACGAACUGCUACUGGAUUCUUACGCGAAGUAAAACUGACAAAAGACAAUGCGAAUUUGACCUUUUUGUAGGUUAUUCCCAUCAUGAUAGCGUGUGGUUUAAACACAAUAUGGUACCAGUGCUGGAAAACGCGGACAUAAAAUUCUGCUGUUAUGAUUUGAAUUUUGAAGCUGGUAAAUCAAUUGCCGACAAUAUAGUGGAUUCGAUAGCCUCAUCCUGUCGAGUAUUGUUCUUGGUUUCUUACCACUUCAUUCACAGUGAAUGGGGAACCUACGAGAUGGGCAUCGCCAGUAAAGAUGCUUUUCGGGGUGAGGAAAACGAAAAGGCUAUUAUUGUUUUUCUUGAUGAUAUUAAACGUAGUGAAAUGCCGAAAGUGUUACGUCAGAUAUGGGAUCAAAUUGUAUGCUUAAAAUGGCCACGUGAUGCUGACACUAUUGAGAGUGAUCGCCAAUCAGCAAGGCAGCGCUUCUGGAAAAAGUUAACAAAAUCGCUAAGGAAAGGACAAAAAUGUUCUGAAGUUAGGAACAAAGAAACAUCUGUUUAACUUUUUAUCCCGUUCUGUUUGUGGGAGAAGUCUAGCUUUUGUCGCUGGAUCAUUGAAAGUGUAAAUAAAAAAGUAUGUUUUGAUA